AUGAGUGUGGCCAUCAUCCCCAUGGCUCAGGACUUUGGCUGGAGUCCCUCGGUGGCGGGCCUGGUGCAGUCGUCCUUCUUCUGGGGCUACAUCCUCAGCCAGCUGCCAGGCGGCUACCUCACCAGCCGCUUCGGUGGCCGCCGCACGCUGCCGGCAGGCGUCGCUAUGUGGUCGGCCGCUACCGUUGCUGUGCCCUACCUGGCGGCCACCGUCCCCGGCCUCUGCCUUUCGCGGUCGCUCGUCGGGCUCGGCGAGGCGGUGGCGCCCAGCGCUGCCACCGACAUGGUGGCACGCAUCGUUCCUCCGGAGGAGCGCUCGCGAGCCGUGUCUUUUGUGUUCGCCGGCCUGCACUUCGGCAGCAUAGCAGGCCUCCUCGCUGCGCCGUGGAUCAUCAGCACAUUUGGCUGGCCCUCGGUGUUCAUCGCGUUUGGCGCUGCGGGGCUGGCGUGGACCACCUGGUUUGAGUGGCUGAUGGCCAGCCUGCAGCGGGACGACCCAGAGACCGCUGCUGCGCUGACCUACAACCGGCUGCUGGCGCCAGCGGAAGGCACUGCGGCCGCAGCGCUGCCAGCGGAGGAGGAGGUGCACGCAGACAGCCAUGGCGGACAUGCGGCAGGCCCGUUGUCAGGGAGCAUCCCAUGGCGGGCGUUCCUGCGAUCCAAGGGCGUGCGCGCGCUCAUGUACACCCACUUCUGGUGA